CAUUUCAGUCCUGUUUCUUCACUGGUGAGAAGCUCGAUGGCGAGGAGGCGACGUUCGUCGGCGACGGAGAGUUUGAAACGGCGGAAGGAAGGUGACGAGUCACUGCCUCAAGUCGAAGAACCAGAUUCAGAUCGGAGGCUCAUCGCCAUUUUCGUGAUCUUCUUCAUCCUGAUUCCCGCCGUUUCGAUUGUCGUGUACAAAGUCAAAUUCGAUCAUCGAGACUUACAAACGGAAACAUCGAUACGUCACAAGGGAAUCGUUAAAACUAAUAUUAGUUUCCAAGAAAUCCUCACUGAUCAUUCUAAGGCCUCAGAGAAUUCAACAACUAGGCACUAUGAUUAUCCAGUAUUAGCGUACAUUACUCCAUGGAACUCAAAAGGCUAUGAUAUGGCGAAGAUAUUUAACUCAAAGCUUACACAUUUAUCACCAGUAUGGUACGACCUGAAGAGCCAAGGAUCUGGAUUGGUUUUGGAAGGGAGACAUAAUGUUGAUAAGGGAUGGAUCCAAGAGCUUCGAUCAAGAGGAAAUGCGCUGAUAGUGCCAAGAGUUGUUCUCGAAGCAAUUCCUGGUGAGAUGCUUAGAAAAAAGAAACUGAGGGAGAAAGCUAUCAAUCUUAUAGUCACAGAGUGCAAGGAAAUGGAAUAUGAUGGUAUCGUGUUAGAGUCUUGGUCAAGGUGGGCAGCUUAUGGCGUUUUGCAUGACCCGGAUAUGCGGAAAAUUGCACUGCAAUUCGUAAAACAACUUGGAGAUGCCCUUCACUCAACGACCUCACCGAGAAAUAACCAGCAACAUAUGCAGUUCAUGUAUGUGGUUGGUCCGCCUCGUUCAGAGAAGCUGCAAAUGUACGAUUGUGGGCCAGAUGAUCUUCAGUUCUUAAAAGAUUCGGUUGAUGGGUUCUCUCUUAUGACCUAUGAUUUCUCAAAUCCCCAGAAUCCUGGCCCCAAUGCUCCUGUCAAGUGGAUAGAUUUAACUCUCAAGCUCCUACUUGGUUCAUCAAACAAUAUGGACUCGACCCUAGCCAGAAAGGUGCUUCUUGGUAUCAACUUUUAUGGCAACGAUUUUGUUAUCUCUGGAGAUUCAGGAGGUGGAGGAGCAAUCACCGGAAGGGAUUACCUUACGUUACUCCAGAAACAUAAGCCAACUUUGCAUUGGGAUAAAGAGAGCGGUGAACAUCUUUUCAUGUAUAGAGAUGAUAAGAACAUCAAGCAUGCUGUUUUCUAUCCUACACUAAUGUCCAUCCUUCUACGGCUUGAGAAUGCUCGUCUCUGGGGUAUUGGCAUUUCAAUCUGGGAAAUCGGACAAGGUUUAGAUUAUUUCUUUGAUCUAUUGUAAGUUCUUACGUUGCAUUAUGUUCUGUUUCAUAGUGUUCAUUUACAUCAAAGAUCAAAUGCUAAGGAAUCUUUUUAGUUAGCUUUUAGUCUAUAACUUUUGUUCUAGA